GUUUUUAAAAGCAGGAGGGGUGGGAUGGGUUUCAGAGUGUGUGCAAUGAAAAAAAUCACCCAAUUGGAAAGAGGAUGAGUUUUUAUUGAGCCGUGAUUGAACCAAUGACAGCUCAGUGCCGGGAAAUACAGCAGCGAAACACCAGGGGCUGUGGUGCUGAGCAACGAUUGCAGGGUGUGAGACUGGAAAUCUCUCCAAGUGCCCUGCGCGCUCUGCGAAGUUUCUUUCUUCAGCCCCCCUUCUGCAUCACCACCCUCCUCUUGGUGCAGUGAGGAUACACACGGUACAGAGGGUUCCUGAGCGGUCAAGCCAGAUAUUAUGAAGUGGAACCUCUUCAAAAAGAAGCCAGAAGCCAUGGUGGGCCCAGAGCCCACGGGACUCGGUGUCACCCACCCGUCGCACACAAUGACGAUGGCCCCCGCUGUCUCCACACCUGCAGACAACUCCACCGAGUCUGAGGCACCCGUCAACAAGAAUGAUGUCUUUGAGGAAAUCAAAAGCAAGUUCCUCAAUGAGAUCGAUAAAAUCCCACUGCCUCCAUGGGCGCUCAUCGCCAUUGCUGUAGUGGCCGCCCUCCUCAUCCUCACCUGCUGCUUCUGUAUCAUUAAGAAAUGCUGCUGUAAGAAGAAGAAGAACAAGAAAGGCAAAAAGGGAAAGGAUGGCUUCAACAUGAAGAACAUGCAGGGUGGAGAUAAACAACAGGAUGAUGAUGAUGAAGAAGGAGAAACUGGUUUGACAGAGGAGGAGAAAGAGGAAGAGGAAAAAGAAGUGGAGAAACUUGGAAAGCUUCAGUACUCUUUGGAUUAUGACUUCAACGAUAACAAGCUGACCGUCGGAAUCUUGCAAUGUGCCGACUUGAUUUCCAUGGACUCUGGCGGAACGUCCGAUCCUUACGUUAAAGUGUUCAUCCUACCAGAUAAGAAGAAAAAGUUUGACACCAAGGUGCACAAAAAGACCCUCAACCCAGUGUUCAAUGAAACCUUUGUCUUCAAGAUGCCGUACCAGGAGCUGGGUGGGAAGACACUGGUCAUGUGUGUGUACGACUAUGACCGCUUCUCCAAACACGACAUCAUCGGCGAGGUAAAACUACCCAUGAACACUCUGGAUCUGGGUCAGCCCAUUGAAGAGUGGAGAGACCUGGAAAGCGCUGAGAAAGAGGAGCCUGAGAAGCUUGGUGACAUCUGCAUCUCCCUGCGUUACGUUCCUACUGCGGGCAAACUGACCGUUUGUAUCCUUGAGGCCAAGAACCUGAAGAAGAUGGACGUGGGCGGCCUGUCUGAUCCGUAUGUGAAGAUCCAGCUAUUGCAGAAUGGAAAGCGUCUAAAGAAGAAGAAGACUACAGUGAAGAAGAACACACUGAACCCAUACUACAAUGAAUCCUUCAGCUUUGAGAUCCCUCUGGAGCAAAUGCAGAAAAUCAUUGUGGUGGUGACAGUCUUCGACUACGACAAGAUCGGCAAGAACGAUGCCAUUGGAAAGAUCUUCAUAGGCAGCAAAGCCUCAGGCACAGCGCUGAAGCACUGGUCCGACAUGUUGGCCAACCCACGCCGCCCAAUCGCUCAGUGGCAUCCCCUCCAACCGGAGGAAGAUAUCGACGGCGCUCUGGCUGCCCUUAAUGCCAAGAAGUAACUUCUUACAUCUCAGCCUGACUAACCAACUAACUAACCAACCCACCACUGCAUGACACCCCACACUCAUCCGUACGUGCUCUGCCAGUUUCGCAUAAUCACCAACAAAAACACUGAAUACUCUAAGAAUAUACUUGAAAAGAUGAACAAUAUCACAUGUUCGCCACAUAGUGUAAAACGAGGCAGGAGAAACGGACAAAUGCGACACAUUUGGUCCGAAAGAACAUUUGCAAAUAUCAAGCAAAAUGGCAGUAGAAGUAGUCAGCAAGAAUGAAAUUUUUUAACACUGAUUGUUAAAACCCAACAAUGAAAGUGUCCAAAUUCAGAAGUGCACAAAAAAAAAAUCAGUAAACACACCUGGAGACUUUUUUUUUUUUUUUUGCAAUUUCCCUAUAAUUUUCCCUACAUCAUGUCGCAUUAUUCUACAUUUUCAACCAGUUAACUGAAUUGUAUAUUAUAAGAGGUUUUUAUUUCAUCUCAUGAACAGGAAGGAAUUUAUUUCGGAUAUACUGGUUUUGUAAACUGGAAUUUUGUGCCUAAUCAAAAAGUGCAAAUAGAGUUUAUGUUACAAAUAUCUACACGUUUGCACAAUUAACAAAGCAAUGAUUACGUUCAGUUAAACAUCCCAGGAGAAGUAACGAGUUGUUUACAUUGUCAGUGGGUAAAUCAGGCCUUUGGGUCCGAGAUGAAUCAUAAGACACAUGUGCAUUUAUGUGCCCAAAAGAAUGAAGAUUCAGGUCUGUGGUUUUAUAAUAGUGCAGUUAGAUAUGACUGUAUUAAUUAAUGGGAAUACAUGGGCUAAUAAUUCAUGAGAUAUUGCAAUAUACAUUAAUGUUAAAUUCCACACUAGUCAAGCAUGGUUUACACAUAGUCAGUGUAAAAGAUAUAGACACACAAAUAGAGUCUCUUACACCGUGUCCUAACCAAACGCGAUGCGAUAAGUUUCAAGAGCGACAAACAAUUUGUCUGUCCACACCAGACGCGAUGCGACUAUAGCUGUUUGCAUCCAAAGUUGCGAAUUUAACUUGUGCAAAAAUUUGGAAUAUUGCAUAAAACAUUUGCAAAUAAAGCAUAUAUUGAGUCGAAGAAAACAAAAUCGCCACUUCCUGAUAAAUUGCCGCAUAAUAUCACCAAGAAAAAUGGAAGUUGCUGCAGUAGAAGCCACUGUAUAUAAUAAUUUUCAUAUAAUUACUUGUCCCUCAGAGCGCGCAAACAAACCGCAAUAAACGCUGUCAUGUUAUCUCGCAUUCAGAUGUCUGGUGUUUGUGAAAUGCUUCAGAGAGGGAAUUAAACCAAACCACUUUAAUGCUCUUUAAUUGCUCAGGCAUUACAGAAUGACUAAAACAGCAUGGCUCGUCCAGUUAUGCCAUCCCAUCGCAAAGUGACGUCUUUUUUAGAUGCGCAUCAAGCAGUUUAUUCGGUUAAAGUGUUUCCGAUUGUAUCGCACAAAAACAUUAUCCUACUCAUUUGAGCGCAUGUUUUUAUGCGCAUUUUUAGAAUCAAUGCGCAUCUUUGUGUUUCUAUCCAGCGUCUUUUUAUGCAAUAUUCCAAAAUUUGCAAGAAAAAUAGGUAGAUGGAAACAUAGCUUAUGAGACGUGAUAAAGUCUAUCAAAGGCCAAGACACACGUAAAGGCCUUUGCACACUGAAUCCGAAAUUUUCGUAUGCGUUUUUUCAUAUUCGUGAUCCCAGAAAUUCGUCAUGCACAGAAACCUUGCACACUUCAUUUCAAAGUUUACUUCAGGAUGUCAGUGGCUCAGUUUGAUGCUUUGCUAGCGAUACUGGCACAAUCUGUUAUACAUUGCUACUGCUUUGUGCUGUAGAUGACGGUGGCUCAACUUGUCAGAUGGCAUUCGGGAUUUUGGCGUUCGCUUGUACGGUGGCUCUGAAUUGUUAAAACGUCUCUCAAAAUGCGUGCCACAGAUGCGAAAAAUGCAGAAAAUUGAACCUGAUCUGAAUAUUUUUAUGACGGACUAAAGUUUCGGAGGCAGUGUGUAAACGUGAUUGACACAUCGUGAAGUCGUAUUUAUUUUAUAACAUGCGAAAAUUUCGGACGCGAAUGUCUGACUCAGUGUGCAAAGACCUUAACACAAAAUACGUGUGCAAACAAUGCGUAUUUAACGCGUGAAAUACAGGUAUUAAAAUUGACGUGUUUUUGAACCUUUUGGCCUUCCAUAGAAGUCAAUCUCUGCAAGCAACCGUCACUCGUGACCAAAUGGAUUACGCACAUAAUCAAAUUCAUGAAUAUUACACCAUUUUAACUUUAUUAAAAAUACAUAAUGAGUUACUGAAACAGUCUUUGUCAUAGAAAACACUUGUCUGUUCACAAUGAGUUGACAGUUUGAACGUUCUUGUUUCCUUUUAUUUAUUUUGAAGAUCUGAGGUGAAUUGUCUAUUGUUGCUUCCAGUACGGCUAUAAAAGACACACAAAAAUGAUAUUCAAACUCACAUCAGACGCUUUUAACAUUAAAUAAAGCACAUAAACAGUACCUAACAUUAUUAUUAUCAUCAUAAAGUCUUUGUGUUGUUGUUCCAGCCUCGACGUCGCAGAAAAAUGGUAACCGUUUCUAAAAUGGCGCGUCGCCAUCGCGGCUAGUUAGGACAAAAACUCUUGAUUAACAUAGAAAAGAUGCCUUUUAUCGCGUGUCGCGUCUGGUUAGGACACGGUGUAAAGCUGUGAUUACAGUGCCAAAUCCAGAUGUUCAUAUCGCUCACAUAUAAACCUGGCAGGCGUCGUGUUCACUAAAGCUGGCUGUGAAUGUUUCGUGGGAUCAUACAAAUGAAAUUUGCACUCAGUCGGUGUGUCCUUGAGAGAUUUUCAUGAGUAUUUCAAAUACAUUUUGAAAACCUGGUUGACGUCACUGCCUUCUUUGUUCGGAGCUCAAACUCACCCGAGUUCAUUCAGUAAACUCCCACUCUCCGAGAUGCCAAAGUAUUUAGUGGAAUUGAACGGUAAGUGGCGGUAAACUGGGCGUGUGGUAAACUUCACCCACAUAUAAAAUAAAGCAAUCCGACGCGUUCAGAUCCACUCCAGCUCCAUCCCCAACGAUGCUUGUGUAUAUAUGCACUGAUCAAAUUGGUUUCUACAGCAUGUACCUAUAAAUUGAUGUACAUAGAAGCAUGUUUUAAAGAUAGAGCAUAAUUAUAUUGUGUAUGUGUGGCAUUUGUCAUUUUGAUAAUAAAAUGUAGAGGAAAGAUAUAAUGCACUGAAUGCACAUUUUAUGAAAUUUCCCUGAAAGGGUGUAAGACAUUUAAGAAUAUAUUAAUAUAGAGUUUUUCAAAAUACUUUUGAAUUAAGAGCUGUGUGUAACAUGAGUGAUAGACUCAUGCUUGUGGUGUCAGUUUGACUUGAUUUGCAUUUAUUUACUUUUUAUUGUCCAGUCAACAUGUGUUUGUCACGUUCCUGUGUUUAUUCUGUCCUGUUGAUGUGAAAAUAAGAAAUAAAAAUGUUCAGUUUGUGAAUUUACAGGAAUGUCUUGUUAGGGUGAAUCUCGUAAAAACACAUCCAGGUCACAUUUCACCACAAAAUCAGAAGAAACAAAUAAAAUGUUUUGCAUAAAGAAAAUUAAGCCUUUUUUGCAUUAAAAUAAUGAGAAUUUAAUGAAGAAAAGUGCUUAAUUUUUAUGAUACUAAUGCAAAAAAAGUAGUAAUGCUCCCAAAAUUUUCUCCUAGGGAAGUAUUUCUUACUUCUUUCUUUUGAUUUCGGUGCGAAACAUGAGCUGAACGUUGUUUCGUGAGAUUCAUCUGUUAAUGUACAGUGUGUAAAACCGCUUUCUGAAACUAGAAGCCAUAUGCAUGGGCCCUCGCAAGAGCUCAUCGUUUUUGGACAAAACAAACACCUCAACAGAAAUCAAUAAUGUAAUAACCUUCACGCAUUUGAGCCAAAAUGAUGUGAGAGCAACUGUCUGUUCAAAGACGGUUUUUGUUUUGUAAUUCUUCACAAUUAUUGAAUUAUAAGCAAGGGAUAUUGGCAGGUAUGAAAGAGCUGCCCUUAUGUUUUUCCAUAACAACAUGUAUUCACACAAUUGCUUGCAAAGAAUUAGUGAGAUGUAUUGUCAUAAUUAUGGUGAUCCACAUGUACAAUGGCAUGAGUUUAUAAUGCAGUGUGUGUACAGUUGACAACCAGCUCAGUAGAUUUAUUUUUAGGUCAUUUUCAUUUUGGAUGUUAUUUUUGCAUAUGAUUUUCUGACUUUUGAUCCUUAGUUUUCCUAACAUUAUUUUAUAGUGUUCAGAAUUAUUCAAUGCAACGACAGAAUUUCAUUAGAUGGGCGCAGCUGAAUGUUUGUCUAUAUCAAUGUAUAUAGAGGCCAAGAUGGUAUAAUUCAUGAUCAAAGAUGGUCUUUUAAUGACCAAUGUGUCAUAAAUUGUUUUUGUUCUCAUAUUUAUUGUAAUUCCUUCAUUGAAUGUUCGGUCUGUAUAUGUAAUCAUUUACUUUUUUUAUAUGACUCUCUGUUGGUUGAACAGCCUUGUUACUGCUACUUAGGAAUAUUUGUCUGCUUCUGUGUGUUGUACUUUGCAAUAGGACCAAUGUAGAAUAAUGUCUUAAUGUUUCUUCUGUGGACGUGAAUCAAACUGCAGGGGUCUGGUGUUCCUCUGCAGAGCAAGCAACAAAAUCCCAGUCUUCCCUGGGACACUGUGGAUGCCAGUCGACUGGCCCCCUUCCCUCUGUGUUUCAGACAGGUUUCCAUUCUAAUAUCGGACCAUAUAGUCACAAAGACCUUCCCAAUGCAAUACUGCCAACAUCUCAGCUUACUAACAUCUCCUAACAGUCCCGACUCAUCGUGUAAAGACUCUUCCAAAGAACUGAUGCCUUCCUUUUCUGUUUGUCCUGUGUGGAGGUUCCAGUGUUGUCGAUUCCUUUCGUGGAUGCUUUGGCAUGCUUUGAAUUCCCCUUCUACAAAUGAACACAUCGGCCAGUGAAGAAAAAGAAAGCCUUUCCUCUGGCGAUUUGUGUAGCUUCUUGUCAUCCUGUACAACCAAUGUGAAAACCAAUCAAUAGAACAUCUACAUGCAGAUUUAUCCAUGAGUUAUCGAUUAGUUAAUCAUAAGAAAUAAAGAUCUUUUAAAUAUA